AUGGACGAACUAGGCACACAAUUGCAAUCCCUCCAGGCGCUCAAGCCGCCUGGAGUCACACCCACCAAGAUCAAAGCCAUCACGCAACUGUGCGUUGACAACAUUCAGUCCCACCCCGUCAUCGUCCAGAAGAUCGCUCAGCAGCUUCAGAACAGCGCCGUCACACAUAAGCUAGGAGUGCUAUACGUCGUAGAUGCAGUCGCCCGCCAGUGGGUGGAGAGGGCUAAGCAGGCCGGCCAGACCGUGUCCAAGAAUGCCGUGCCAGGAACAUAUGCUUCAGGAGUGCAGAUGAUGCGAGAUGUGCUACCCGCCAUGAUGAUGAAUCUCAUCCAGUCUGCACCAGACACUCAAAAGGAGAAGAUUUCCAAGCUUAUAGACAUCUGGGAGCGUGGCCAGACGUUUCCACACGACAUGCUAGCCUCCUUCAAACAGCAACUGAAUGGCGGUCACAAUAGCGUUCCAUUACCUGUAGAGCCACCCAAGAGCAAUGGCAUAGCCCCAACCUUCAACGGACAGACUGCUAACCCACAGCCACUUGCCCCGCCACCUCCGGCGCAACCAUCACAAGACACUAAUGCUCUGUUUGCUGCCCUCGCCGGCAUUAGCCACCAGAAUAUACCUACUAAUGCUCCACCUGCAGCACCUCCUGCGUUUCCUUUCCAACAAAACGUAUUGCCACCUCCACCUCCUGGUUUUGUGCCUCCGCCGCCUGCUGUAACAACAGGACAGCCCGGUUUGCCUGUCCCACCCGCUGGAAUGAAUGAACUCGCAGGACAGAUUCUACAGGCCAUGAGUGCUGGUUCAAUCCAACCCGAUCAGGCAAUACAGGUUUUGAACGCAUUAGCCACAGCUCAGAGUGGUGGACUGUCUAUGUUGCCCUUACAACCUCCAGUGGCUACACAGACACCCCCACAAGGGCAGUCAAUUGUAAUCAACGGUAACCAAACAGAUCGGUAUGAUCAGACAGACAGUAGAAUGCGAGACCGUAGCCGAUCGCCGGGCUUUCAACGUCGACGAUCGCCUGGGGAUAGGUCUCCUCCCAACCCCAAUCGUCGGGAGAGCCCAACAUAUGGUGUUUACGACCCAAAUGCAGGCCCUGAAGGCAAUUCGCAACGCUUUGAGCGAGGUGAGCGCGGCCGUAGCCGCGGCAAACAAAAAGGAGGACGUAAUGAUCGUAGUGAAUAUCGGCAACGCUCGCCACCGCGACGACAGCCAAGCCCGCCUAGGGCAACAGCAUAUGGCCAGUCCAAGUAUAUUGAUUGGGAUGAGACCCUUCCACGCGAUAAUAUCAGAGUGCUUAGUCGUACAUUGUUUGUAGGCGGUGCUGGCGGAACAGAGAGUGAGAUUCGGAGCAUCUUUUCUCGCUUUGGUAGGGUCCAAACGUGCAUUGUUAACCAAGAUAAGCGACAUGCCUUUGUCAAGAUGUUGACCCGCCCCGAUGCUCUUGCUGCCAAGCAGGGCAUGGACAGCUUGAAUGAUCCUGUUGCACAGUCUAAAGCGCGCCAGACGCGAUGGGGUGUCGGAUUUGGUCCUCGUGAUUGCAGUGACUACCAGACGGGCAUCAGUGUGAUUCCCAUUUCUCGGCUUACCGAGGCUGAUCGUAAAUGGGCAUUGACCGCUGAGUAUGGCGGAACUGGCGGUCGUGCUCUCGAAGGUGGCAUGGUUAUUGAAGAGCCGGAUAUCGAGAUUGGGGCCGGUGUUUCUUCCAAGGCCAUCAGCCGACGUGUGCCGACCGAUGCUCCUCGCGGCGGGCGUGGGGGCUACGGUGCCCGUGGAGACCAUGCUGGACGUAGCAACUCUAAUGGACGUGAGAACUUGAACGAGCGCGCCGAUGCAGCACCCAACAACUUUGGCGGUGCACGCCCCGGGCCUGAGAACGCCGCCCAACACAAGUUCCGCAAGCACGACCGAGGAAACGCUAAUGAUCCCCGCCAUGUGUCGCCCAGAGCUGAUCAGGGUGUUGCAGUUCCGCCGGCCGUACCUGGGUUUGGUUUCCAGCUCCCCGGCUUUUCAUGA